AGGGGAGGGCGGCGGCCAGCUGGGGAUGGGCGGCUCGGCGGCGCAGAGGGGCGCCGGGGGGCUCCGCGCGCUGCUCCUGGCGUUGGUGGCUGCAGGGACCCCCGCGGGUGCCUACAACCUGGACCCGCAGCGCCCAGUGCGCUUCCAAGGUCCCGCCGGGUCCUUCUUCGGCUACGCGGUGCUGGAGCACUUCCACGACAACACGCGCUGGGUCCUUGUGGGUGCACCAAAGGCGGAUUCCAAGUACAGCACCUCAGUGAGGUCCCCUGGGGCUGUGUUUAAGUGCCGCGUCCACACCAACCCUGACCGGAGAUGCACUGAACUGGACAUGGCUCGAGGGAAGAAUCGGGGCGUGUCCUGUGGAAAGACCUGCCGGGAAGACCGAGAUGAUGAAUGGAUGGGGGUCAGCCUGGCCCGGCAGCCCAAGGCUGAUGGCCGCGUGCUGGCCUGUGCCCACCGCUGGAAGAACAUCUACUAUGAAACAGACCACAUCCUGCCCCACGGCUUCUGUUACAUCAUCCCGUCCAACCUCCAGGCCAAAGGCAGGACGCUGAUCCCUUGCUAUGAAGAGUACAAGAAGAAGUACGGAGAAGAACACGGCUCCUGCCAGGCUGGGAUAGCGGGCUUCUUCACCGAGGAGCUGGUGGUGAUGGGCGCCCCAGGCUCAUUUUAUUGGUCUGGGACAGUCAAAGUGCUGAACCUCACGGACAACACCUAUUUCAAACUGAAUGAUGAAGUGAUCAUGAACAGGAGGUACACCUACCUGGGCUAUGCAGUUACUGCCGGCCACUUUUCUCACGUGUCCUCCACUGAUGUGGUAGGAGGUGCCCCGCAGGAUGAAGGCAUCGGGAAGGUUUAUAUUUUUAGAGCUGACCGAAGAUCAGGCACCUUAAUUAAGAUUUUUCAAGCUUCUGGUAAAAAGAUGGGCUCUUACUUCGGCUCCUCCUUAUGCGCAGUUGACCUGAACACAGACGGCCUCUCCGACCUGUUGGUGGGGGCCCCCAUGUUUUCUGAGAUCAGGGACGAAGGGCAGGUCACCGUCUACAUCAACAAAGGAAACGGAGUCCUGGAGGAGCAGCUGACCCUGAGCGGAGAUGGUGCCUACAACGCACACUUCGGGGAGAGCAUCGCCAGCCUGGGCGACCUGGACGAUGACGGGUUCCCAGAUGUGGCCAUUGGUGCACCCAAGGAGGAUGACUUUUCGGGAGCGGUAUACAUCUAUCACGGUGAUGCCAGGGGAAUGGUCCCUCAAUAUUCCAUGAAGCUGUCGGGGCGGAAGAUAAGUCCAGUCCUGCGGAUGUUUGGUCAGUCCAUAUCGGGAGGCAUUGACAUGGAUGGAAAUAGCUAUCCUGAUGUAACUGUUGGAGCCUUCAUGUCAGACAGUGUGGUUCUCCUAAGGGCGAGACCCGUCAUCACAGUGGAUGUCUCCAUCUUCCUCCCCGCCUCCAUCAACAUCACGGCGCCUCAGUGUCAUGACGGCCAGCAGCCUGUGAACUGCCUGAACGUCACUGCCUGCUUUAGCUUCCACGGCAAACAUGUUCCGGGAGAAAUAGGCCUGAAUUAUGUUCUGACGGCUGAUGUGGCCAAAAAAGAGAAGAGCCAGUUGCCCAGGGUCUACUUCGUGUUGCUGGGAGAGUCCGUGGGUCAGGUUUCGGAGAAGCUGCGGCUGGUCCACUUGGAGGAGACGUGUCAUCACUAUGUGGCCCACGUGAAGCGGAGAGUACAGGACGUCAUCAGCCCCAUCGUGUUCGAGGCCGCCUACAGCCUGGGCGAGCAUGUGACGGGAGAGGAGGAGAAGGAGCUGCCAGCCCUCACCCCCGUGCUCCGCUGGAAAAAGGGACAAAAGAUUGCCCAGAAGAAUCAGACCGUGUUUGAAAGGAAUUGCCGAUCCGAGGACUGUGCCGCCGACCUGCAGCUGCAGGGUCAGCUGUUACUCUCCAGCGUUGAUGAGAAAACCCCGUAUCUAGCUCUGGGGGCUGUGAAGAAUAUCUCCCUAAAUAUCUCCAUCUCUAACCUUGGGGAUGAUGCCUAUGAUGCCAACGUGUCAUUCAACGUUUCUCGGGAGCUCUUCUUCAUCAACAUGUGGCAGAAGGAGGAAAUGGGCAUUUCCUGUGAACUGCUAGAAUUGGACUUCCUCAAAUGCAGUGUGGGAUUUCCUUUCAUGAGGUCAAAGUCAAAGUAUGAAUUCAGCGUGAUCUUUGAUACAAGCCACCUGUCUGGGGAAGAGGAAGUUCUUAGCUUCAUCGUUACUGCUCAGAGCGGCAACGUGGAGCGCUCAGAGUCCCUUCACAACAACGUCCUCACACUGACGGUGCCGCUGAUGCACGAGGUGGACACGUCCAUCACAGGAAUCAUGUCUCCAACCUCCUUUGUGUAUGGCGAGUCUGUGGACGCAUCCAACUUCAUUCAGCUGGAUGACCUGGAGUGUCAUUUCCAACCCCUCAACGUCACCCUUCAGGUCUAUAACACUGGGCCAAGCACCCUUCCUGGGUCAUCUGUCAGCAUCUCCUUCCCCAAUCGACUGUCACCUGGUGGAGCAGAGAUGUUUCACGUGCAGGAGAUGGUGGUGGGCCAAGAGAAGGGAAACUGUUCUUUGCAGAAAAACCCAACCCCCUGCAUCAUCCCUCAAGAACAAGAAAAUAUCUUCCAUACAAUAUUUGCAUUUUUCACAAAGUCGGGAAGAAAAGUCUUGGACUGUGAAAAAACAGGAAUUUCUUGCCUAACAAUGCACUGUAACCUUAGUGCACUCGCUAAAGAAGAAAGUCGUACUAUAGACAUUUAUAUGCUGCUGAACACAGAAAUUCUGAAGAAGGACAGUUCAUCUGUCAUCCAGUUCAUGACCCACGCCAAGGUGAAGGUGGACCCUUCCCUGAGAGUGGUGGAGGUCGCCAGUGGGAACCCGGAGGAGAUGACGGUGGUCUUCGAGGCGUUGCACAAUCUGGAGCCACGAGGCUACGUCGUGGGCUGGAUCAUUGCCAUCAGCUUGCUGGUGGGGAUCCUCAUCUUCCUGCUGCUGGCCGUGCUGCUCUGGAAGAUGGGCUUCUUUCGCAGAAGGUACAAAGAAAUUAUUGAAGCUGAGAAGAACCGGAAAGAGAAUGAAGACAGUUGGGACUGGGUCCAGAAAAACCAGUGACCCGCUACCCCACCCCGUGACGUGGCCCAAUCGUUCGCCUGUCGUCCCGAUCUUUGUAUCUUCCAUAUUUGGAAGAAAGAAUCUUCUCCAGAUUUUUCGGAGGCCCCACGAUGCUGUUCUUGUCCUCAUUCUCUCAAGCCCAGCUGGCAACCUGCGGCAGCCACUUUGGCCAGGUUGCCUGACUGGAACCAACACCAUCUCCUUUUCCAGUUGAACUCCGAACUUUGGAAAGCUGGCUGCAGAGCUGGGGGAUAUUUAUGGAUGCAACAAGUGUGGUCAACCCUCAGGGGAAAACUGUUAACCUAAAAGUAUUUUUAUAAAUAUAAGCCUUUUAUACUGAUUAUGUCUUUAUAUUUGUAUCGAUGUUUUAUUAUUUCUAUUAAAUGAUUAUAUAGUUCACUCAAGCACUGAUAUCUGGCCUGAAAUCUUGGAAAUACAUGUACAUUCAUACAAAUGUUAAAGGAAAAAGAUCUUGUUGUACUUUGGAAUGGAGCUUGCUGUUAAAAAAAGGACUUGCAGAUGAAAUCAUCUGAAGAAACCUCGUGUGAUGAAUCCAUCAAGCAGGUGGUGCUAUAUAUCAACUGCAGUUGGGGUUGACCGCGAAGACAUUUCACGUCUUUGUUGCCUGGAGUCAAGUGUGAAGUAAUGUGCUAAGGAACCAAGAGUGUUUUUUCAUCUGUACCUUUCAUUGGAAGAGUCCCAACAGGAAUUUGGAUGGAAAAACCUGAUUCCUGAGGCCUGUUCUCCAUCACCUUAUAGAGCAGGCAUUUCACCCUCCUUUCACUUGGAUUAAGACAUGAAAGAUUGGAGCAGUGCCAGUUGGUUAUCUGGUAAACCUCAGAAUGGCAUCUCAUCCUGGACAAAGUGCAUCAGAGUCCACAUACCACCAGGACUAAAUCAGUGGCCGUCAAGCAGAGACUUGUGUCUGAAUGCUGUGAUGUGUUGCCUUUUCACGGUAAUUUGAAUCAGAGGUCUCCGUCGUCCCCAGCACUCUUGCUGUCCCAGCUAAUGGUAAUUGCAGAGUCCUUCCCAGAGAUGACCAUUCAACCUGUCUUUUUUUAAAAAAUUGCAUCUUAGGUGGGAUUCUUAAGAAGUGGACCCUGAGACGAGGAUUUUCACACAGUAACUUAGGAAGGAAGUUUCCCCAGGGCACGCCAGUAAAGACACGAGGGAAGCAGGACAGGAAAGGGCAGGAAGCCACGUAAGGAAGUCAUUUCAGGGCACAUCCUGUGCAGGGGGGCUUCAGCCUAACCCUGCAGCAGGGGCUCUGGAGGGUAACUUAUGCCUCAGAGUUGUACCAACCCGCGGCAAGGGAGCUGAGCUUUCAGAGUCUUGCACCCAGGGGAUGUGUAAACAUUUUUUCACUUCAUGCUGACAAAAGACCCCCAUAGCUCAGGAACAGUCCUCAAAAAGAGAGCCGCACCCCAACCUGGGAGGCACACAGAAAUGAUGUAAAGGGCUGUGGGCAUAGCACUGAUGUCAUCACCUAUCCCCUGCAGGGCUGAAGGCCGAGUUAUGGCCUUCACUGUGCAGGCUGUCUGCCUGACAGUGUUUAUUACCAGAGUGUUUAUUUCACAGUGCUGUCCAGGUUUGAGUGUGGUGUGGUUCCCUGAAAGGGCAAGGAGAGGGUGGAGGUAGCAUGUUGAGCACUGCACCUGGCCUGUGGUGAACACUCAGUAACGGUGAGCAGCCCUGGCUGCUGUUGCCACUGCUGGAAAACCAUCUGAUAUGAAGGAAAAGGUGUCUAAGAACAGGGUCUGACAGAGUCCUCGGUGACUUAUCACAGCCUGCUCAAGCCGCAGGUACAAACAAAUGGCAUCAGACGCGAAUGAAACAAGAAACAAGACCAGGCAUCUCUGACCUAGGGCCUUGUUGACUGGAGGCUAACAUGUAAGGGGCCUGUGAGUGUUGUUGAAAAGACACAGAACUCAACUGCAGGGGAGACAGGUUUUUCUAUACACAUACUUGGCCAGUCCUUGCAAAGAUACCUAAAGUUUUGGCAAAAUGAGAGUGCUGGGCGGUUGUGAACCUGGCAUGGAGCACGCACGUGUUUGUUUUUUAUGCCCUUGACUCUGAUACAGGAAGAUACGGAAUGCAUCAUGCUUCCCUUCCCAGUGACCAUGGGAGUAGACAGAAGCCAGAGGGCCAAAGGCAUGAACUAGGCUGGUCUUAGAAGGAAGUUAAAGAUACAGCCUCUCACUGAGGGGUGGAGGCCCUGAGGUAACAACAGGCAGAUGCAGGCAAAGAAACCAGUUCUCACUGAGAGUUCACCUAGGACAGAUAUGUGUGGACCCCAGCUGUGCCUGAGGCACUGUGCUGAGUGCUGGGGGCUCCCCUGGGAAUACCAUCGCACACUUUGCCCCAGGGGAGACAGAUCUUCCCACAGUAGAGCAUAGAGCAUGGAGUCCUUUACAAAACCUCAUUUGCAGCUCUCCUUGGACAGACUCUUGCUUGUUUCGUGGUGUCCUUUAAUAAAUCAUUUAGGACUUCCCUGGUGGCUCAGCUGGUAAAGAAUCUGCCUGCAAUGCAGGAGACCCUGGUUUAAUUCCUGGUUCGGGAAGAUCCACUGGAGAAGGGAUAGGCUACCCACUCCAGUAUUCUUGGGCUUUCCCGGUAGUUCAGUGGGUAAAAUAUCUGCCUACAAUGUGGGAGACUUGGGUUUGAUCCCUGGGUUGGGAAGAUCUCCUGGAGAAGGAAAUGCCUACCCCUCCAGUAUUCUGGCCUGGAGAAUUCCAUGGACUAUAUAGUCCAUGGGGUUGCAAAGAGUCAGAUAUGACUGAACGACUUUCACUUUCACCUUUUGGAAUUCUCAGGUGGUAGACCUGGGACAACUCCAUCCGUGACUUUGACUAAAUGCAUUAAUGGGCACUCACAGCCUCCUGCAAGGGGUGCAGACGCAUUGGUGAGAGUGUAGCAGGAUAACUGGCAGGCCCACAGUUCUGCAGCCUCAGUGGGGGAAGGGCAGACUCCAUAACCAGUGUCAGAGCUAGGAUCCAUGUGCUUCUGAGUGGUAGACACUCAGGAGUGAGCACAUACCCCAGAAGUUACUAAGACUAAAUAGGGCAGUCUUUAAGAAAAUCAUGCUUGGCAUCUGCUGGAGGAAAUGCAGGCAGCCAGUCUGGGGCAGGGGGUACCUCUACUUAUCUCCUGAUGCUGAGUAACAGGCAGGCUGCAGGGAGUGGAGAGUUGACCAGUUAGCACAGACAUAGAGAGGGAAGUUGAGCAGGUCAGCAGCACUCUCGGCUUGGCCAGUUCACCAGCUCCAUCCAGUUCAUAAGCUAUCAGUAAGCUCUUGAGGGAAGCAGACAGAAUGGGUUGGUGUGUCUUUGUUCCUUCUCCAGAAGGUUCUUUUAAGAUUCCACAGCGCCUUCCAAUUUCUAUCUUUCCUGCCUCUGUGGGUUCACUGUGGAAUGCUAUCUGGUAUUCUCUUGCAUAGCAUUUUCAGCUUCAGCUUUUGACUGUGUAUUCACAGUCAUCAGCUCUCUCAAGGAUUGAGACGCUUUUUAAACAUGAAAAAAGGACCUUUGUAGAAAUUGAGAGAAUGCCUCCUUGUCAAGAAUGAUUCACUUAUGCUCAGUUUACAUGGACUAAGGAAUUUGGAACACCCCCUAAGUGAGCCCUGAACCCAUCACAAAGUGUCCAUGAGGUUCAGGAAUGAAGGCUCACUGGAAGGAGCGAAUGGGUCCGGUGGUUUUAUGGUGACUGACAGGCAUGUGUCCAGAAUCACUUGCUACUGAGGUCACUGAGGCAUUGUCAGUCAAUUCUUCAGAAAAAUGACAUCAGCAUCACCAAGCCAUCAGCAUUCUGAAGUUGGUUAAGCUUUGUAGAAAAUCCAGUAGAAAGUUCUCCUUUACCAAGUCAUACGUAGCCUUUAGCCCUGGAGCCAGAGGCAAGGAGAUUCCAAACAAAACCAGCAGGCCUCCUAGAAACUUCUGGAACGUGUUUUCAUUGUGAACAUGUAGCAAAUCCCUUAGGUGGUUGAGAUGGGUGCUGAUACACAAACUGUGGAACCAUAGCAAAGUCAUUUUUAGAAAGCUUACUCUACUUUUAUUUUUGGAUAAGUCAUCAUGGCAGGGGAGUGCCGUUGUGCAUGGGUUACAUGUAAACCUACAUCUGUUGAAACCUACACCUGAUUCAGACUUCCUGAAGUGUAGAGGCAGAAUAAAGGAUUGGCAUUUGGGGGAAAUGGCCCUUUAGCAAAUUAAAGGCAGAAAACCACUGUCCCUUAGAAAUGUUCCAAGUAUGCAGGGUUUUAGUCCAUGAUUUGUUUCUCCACACCAGAGAAUAUGUUUUGAAGCAAAGAAUGGCUGAAGGGUUAGGAUACAGUGGCAGUAGGGUCAGAAUGAAUCUUCUAGAAUGUCUUCUGAUUUUCAGCAUGUGAGGGGGAUAAUGACCAAAUAUCCUAUGUGAUGCAAUGCUUUGUAGCACAAUGAUCUAGGGUUCAGCCUGUGUUAAGGUGUUUAUUUUUUUUUUUUUCAAAUUCUAAUGUGUGACUGGCAGAGUGAGUUUAAAAGCUUUAAGAGUGAUUAAUUGCAUGGCAGGCACCCACGCUAGUUCACUUCUAGACUUGACUGAUGCAUCCAUGUUUCUGUUGAGGAAUUUUUGUGGGAGGAAUGUUCCUCUUCACAAAGUCACAUGUAUUCAAGUAUAUGCAGUCACUUCUAAUUCACUUGCACUGUUUGGGAAAUGCAGGUUUACAAAAAUACAUGUUUGGAAUAAAAAAAAACAUGGCUGCAAAUGA